AGAAAAUGCUAUGGAUUUAUAAGACAGCCAUCCGGAGUUAUUUUUCUACAUUUUGUUGUUGAUUUUGUUUUCAUAUUCUCGCUAUACCCAGUUCUAUUUGCUUUUAUAUCCAUCAUGAUUGAACCGUUCCAGACGACCUUCGCGGUCCCAAUGACCUGCGACGGCUGCGUGAAAGAUAUCUCCGGCUCCCUUAACAAGAUCGAAGGAAUUAACAAAGUCGACGCCGAUUUGAAGGAGCAACUAGUCUUCAUCGAGGGCACUGCACCACCCAGCAAGAUCGUCUCUGCUAUCCAAGACACCGGUCGUGAUGCGAUUCUCCGUGGAAGCGGCACAUCCAACAGUUCCGCCGUCUGCAUUCUCGAAACGCACUCGAAUAGCGUCUCGAAUAAGAUUCGCGGACUUGCGCGCAUGGUCCAGGUUUCCUCCAACAUGACCCUUGUCGACUUGACCAUCAACGGACUCUCGCCAGGCCGCUAUUGGGCUACCGUGCGGCAAGCUGGAGACAUUUCGCAGGGAGCGACCUCGACGGGUGGAAUCUGGGAGGCAUUGAAGUCGACUGUUCUUGGUUCGGAGACCCCCAAGGAGCCCCGGGGUGUGUUCGGGUCGGUGGAUGUUGAUGAGAAGGGUCGUGGAAACGUUUUUAUGGACCGUCCCAUUGCGAUCUGGGAAAUGAUUGGCCGGAGUAUGGUGCUUUCGAAGUCGAAGGAGGGCCCGUUCAAGCGGGAGGACCCGGAUACGUUGGUUGGUGUUAUUGCUCGCAGUGCUGGUGUCUGGGAUAAUGACAAGAUGGUCUGCUCGUGCUCCGGAAAGAAUGUCUGGCAGGAGCGUCAGGAGCAGGUCUCUCAAGGCAUGGUUUGAUUUGGUUUGGCUUAGUCCUUUCAAAAAGAGAAAGCGUUGAAGAGUUCGUUACAUUCACUGUUUAUGAUACCUAUGAGAGAUGAUAUGUAUUUUUCGUCAGGAUUUUCCCUUCUUAUUUUUAUUUUGUUCAGCCCUCCGUAUGGACCUGACUGCUAUAAUGGAUACGAUGUCCUGCCUACGAUGUGCUUGACUGUAUUACUGCCUCAACCGACGGUGUUUGCCUCAGCAGUG